GUGGAGGGAAGAAUUGUGAUUGGGUGUGGAGUGUGUACACUCGGUGUUUUGGACUCUCGUUUUCGCCAUCUGUCUUGCUCCCGCACCCAAUCACCCUGUGUGGAUUCAUUCUGCCUCGCGGGGCUGGUAUUUCGCCUCUUGGCCGCGUUGCAAUCGCGUCCUGGAGGUGAGAGCAGUGUUGCGACUGUGAGAGGGUGCUCUCUACCUUCAUGACGGUGCUUCGCGGAGCUGGAGUUUGGAAGUGCAGCGAGGGCGGUGAGGCAUACCGCAGAGAAGACCCAGAGGAAAAGGAGAGGCGUAGCAGCAGGAGGUGCUGGAUUCUGCUGGGUUGGGGCUGCGGUGAGAGUUUCGACGACGCUAUGGCUCGGUGUACUGCGGCGGUCGACCAGGUUUUAGGGUUUAGGGUUUAGGAGGACAGAGGCGGUGGCUCUAGUCUUACGGCGAGCGAGAGCGCGGUGCGUUUCGUAAGACUCAUUGCUGAUGAGCCACAGAGUUGCGGGGGGCAGUCCAGCAGAUUGUCGGGUGUUGAAGAGGGGCAGAACCCCGCGGAUAGAGACGCUAGCCCCAUCACGCAAGGGCCAUCUGGUGUUUCCGCUCAAUUUUUUUUGGCCCACGCCAGCAUCCUUGGAGCAGUCUUCCUAUUGCAUCGAGAUAUCAUUUAGAUGAGGAUAUCUCUAGUAAGGGUAUGGUUUCCUCCAAAAGGGAAAGGGAAAGGGAUUCGAAGGAUUGCUCCCUGAUAGGACAGCAGCCGCUUAUGUUGCGGGAUAACCCGGCCCUCGAAAGGCCGUCACGUCAUCCUGCGGGUCCCUUAGUCCGAUACGAAAAGUUUGUGCGGAUGCAGUAGCCAUUGCAGGUUCGAAAGGCAGUGGCCAUGCAUAUCGGCCAGCAACAGGCGGCACGGGGUGUGCAGAAUGCAAGCGCUCGAACGUUACCGUUCAUGGAUGAAGCACAUCGAGGUGCUCAACCAUCGGACUGCCCUGAUCGAGAACACCUUACAAUACAUUGUCUCUCACCUUCAACGCAAAGUGGGUUAGGGUCUCCAGGACUAUUUGACGACAGGGGCAGAAGAGCUACCAUGGCUGGAAGGAGGCCACCAGUUCAGGAACCUUCAUCUCAAUCAGGAAACCUACCUAGCCAUCCAGCAAGGCGUGGUGAAACUGACAUGAAUCCCCUUACAGCACAGCUCACUGUUAUUUAUGCAGGCAUGGUGCACGUCCAUGACGAUUUACCCUUUGAUAAGGCUCAAGUUAUCAUGCAUUUAGCUGGCAGUGGUAACAACAUUAGCCGUUCUGGAAGUGGUGCAUUUUCUCCUGCUCGUCCACUUUCUGCUCUCACAGCCGUGCCGCAGCUCGUAACGCCUAUGCUAGGGUCCACUGCUCCACAAGCACCCACCCCUUCGACCGCCGGGCUGACAUGUCGCAUCAUACCAGGAGUUAUGCGACGAGCACCAACAGCCAAUGGGUUCCCAAACUCUAUUAAGGCGGAAGUAGAAGAAUGUUCUCCUGACAAAUCACCGACUCCUAGCAGCAUGCCAUCGUCAAGAUCACCCUCACCAGUUUCAGCGGUCCAGCAUCGUGGAUCAUCUCUAGCCUCUAGCCUAGGUUGCCAACAUGGGACAUCCAGUUGCAGUCAACCAGACUCUCCAGCUAUAUCUUCAUUAACAUCACCCAGAGAAAGUGCUUCUGAAGAGAAGUCUAGCAUUGGAACUCACUAUAGAAGAGACCACGACAUGAAACAAGAGGCCCACAAGCGACCUCGGACUGGGAGAUCACCGCCUAGGAUCGAUGGUGAGACCGCAGCUGACGCCUAAGAACACAACAAUUUAUCAUUACGUCAGUUCUCUCCGUAGCUCGUCUUUUACUCAACGAGUUUAUCAAUGUUAGCCAGGCAAUUUGAGCAUCAGGAAAUUAUUUGUAAACACAUCUGGUCGAAGCACUCGAUCGUGACGUAGGCUACACCAGUUGAUAUACGGUAUAUAUCAGCCAUGUGCCUGAAGCUAGUUGAGCUACUAAGAAAUUUUAGGCCUGGUCACGUCAGUUGCACCAUCCUUCAGACGUUCGGGAAUCUUUUCUUAGUUAUUAAAUCGGACUUUUAGGGGUUGCUCAAUUGAUUUGUAAAUGUGAGUUGACAGUAAGCAAUAUUGUAGAGUCAGUUAGGUUCACACUUUUGUUUAUGCACUGUUCGAUUAACCGAAGUGUUAUUGACCCACCGUAAGUUUGCUACUCA